AUGGGCGAGUUACAACAAUCUAACCAAGAACUUCAUGAGGUAGUAGUUAUAGGUAUACGGGAAGAAAGGAUACGAUUUCUUGAAGAAGAGUUAAAUAAUGCUAUCGAACUAUCUACACAAGACAAAAAAGAAUUGUUAGAAGAAAUUUCAAAACUAAAAAGAAUCGUUCAUCAGCUCGAAGAAGAAAAUAAAAAGAAAGACAAGGAAAUCUCAAAUAAGGAUAAGUUAAUAUCAGAAUUCGAUGAACGUGAAACAAAAUUAAAAAAUCGUAUACGGGAAAUAUCAAAAUCUGCAGGUAAUACCCCUAAGACGCAAGAUUAUACAAGAUUAGUAGAUGAAAAUGAACACCUUCUUUGCCAAAAUUUCGCAUUAUCCUUAUUAAGAUAUCGAGAUAGAUUAGAACUUAUAAAUACCAGAGAGGCUUUGCAAAAUGCACAAGCAUGGAAUACUGAAAACGAAUUCAACCCUGAUGAAAAUUCUUUAGAUAUUUAUAAUUUUGAUCAAAAUUUAGAUAUGGAUCUGGUAAACGUAAGAUGGGAUCGCGAUACGUAUAUGCAAGAGCGAGAUCAAGCAGUGCAGGAACGUAAUCAGUUACGGGCUAAUGCUCAGAAUCAAGUAAACAGAAUGAUAGAUAAUAUAGCAAGAAAACAAACCUGUAUUGGCGAAUUGCUACGAGAAAAAUUUGCCUUACAAAUCUUAUAUCGACGAAAUGCCCACCACCUACAGCGAUGCAGAGCCGAUAGAGGUUUGUUAGAAUAUAAUAGAGAUAGAUUGUAUGAACGAUAUGAGAAGUGGAAAAAUAAGACUCAAGCAGAGCGCCAGAAUAUUUUAAAUUUAAAUCAACAAAUUUUGGCGCUUCAUAAUAAUCCACCAAAUCAAAUAAACAUGGCUGAUGCUAGACGUUUACCGGUAUUAAAAUUAAUGGCCCCCGCUCUUGCAAAAUUUCAACCUUAUACAGGCCAAGAACCACCCGAUGAUUACUUGGAUAAAGUUAUUCAAUCAUGGGCAUAUCUUGAAGGGCAUAUGGCAGUUCUUGAAGGUGCAAAUGCGGGAGAUUUUGAUAAUGCAGUCAAGUGUAAUAUUUUAAAAUCUAUGAUGGGUGGAAAAUAUGCACCAGUACCAGCAAAUAAUGGUCUUGUAGUAGGAAAUCCAGCUAUAAAUUCUCCAGAUACAUUACGGGCUUGGAUGAGAGCAAAAUAUCAGCGAGAGACUGUUGGAAAUCAACAAUCGGCUAUUCAAAGAUUGACUCAAGAAAGAUAUCAACCCUAUGAUACUCCUGAUACCUAUGAAGCCAGAAUUCGACCACUAUUAUUAGGAGUAGUAGACAAUGAUGUGCAAGUUUUGGGAGUCAUUUAA